CGCAGGAAAAAUAGUCCCUUCCCUAUUCCCCUUCCCGUUAAUUCCCCCCCAACUCCCGCCGCCCGUUCCCCACCCCGCCCGCCCCGGUGCCUCGGGCGGAGCCGCUGCGAGGCCUCCUCGUGUGUCCCCGCGGCGAUGGGAGCGGAGCGGUGGCGGUUCCGGGCGGAGGGCGCGGGUGGAUAUAAGCGCGGCGGUGCUGCGGCCGCGCCUCUUCCGGUUCUCCCUCAGAGCCGCCAUGACCAAGAAGAGGAGGAACAACGGGCGGGCCAAGAAGGGGCGCGGGCACGUGCAGCCCAUCCGCUGCACCAACUGCGCCCGCUGCGUGCCCAAGGACAAGGCCAUCAAGAAAUUCGUCAUCAGGAACAUCGUGGAGGCCGCUGCAGUGCGGGACAUCUCCGAGGCCAGCGUGUUUGACUCCUACGUCCUGCCCAAGCUGUACGUGAAGCUCCAUUACUGUGUCAGCUGUGCCAUCCACAGCAAGGUGGUUCGGAACCGCUCGCGCGAGGCGCGCAAGGACCGCACGCCCCCGCCCCGCUUCCGCCCCGCCGGAGCCGCCCCCCGCCCGCCCCCCAAGCCCAUGUGAGGAGACCCCGGCCCCGGGCAGGACCCCCAGUGCAGAGUCAAUAAAGGAUUUGUCCAGA